AUGGCCACUGUUGAGGUUGUAUCAGCAAAGACUGCACUAUCCGACGACACCACCGCGUUAUCAUUGAAAUCUGACGAGAAAACCACUGAAGAAGUUCUUGAGAGUCCAAUUACACCAGCAACAUCAGAAACCAAAGAAGAAAAAGAAGAAGAAGCUGCAAUAGAAUCUUCAGCUGCAGAAGAAAAAGUACCCUUGAUUGGAUCUGAAACUAAAGAGGUGGUAGAAGAAAUUGUGAGCGUGAAAGACACAGAAGAGGAAGCAAAGAAGGAAGAAGAAACUGAGAAAGAGGAACCUGUUGAGGAAACAAAAGAAAAUGCUGAUUCUGCUGUUGAUGUUGUCCAGGAACCACCAACUGCAGAAUCUGAAACAGAAAAUGUUGUUAAGGAUGAGAAUGUGAUAGCUGAGCCUGAAACUAAGGACAAUGUUAACACUGAAGAAGCACCAAAAGAGAAAGCUGAGGAGAAGGUUGAGAAAGAAGAAAGCUUAGAUGAAAAGAAAGAGGAGGAAGUGAUCACCAACACUGAGGCACAAAUUGAGAAGAGUGAAUAA